AUGCAAUCAGAGAAAAUGGUAGGAAAUGGCGAGCCUCCACAACUUACAUGGAAACGCAAAUUAAACGAUGAGUCAAAUCUUCCAUCUGAAUUCGUCUUAUCCAUCAAAGAUAUCAUUCAUCUUGCUCCAAUUGGUUUUCGACUUUGGCGUUACAUUCGUGAAGAAAAAGCCAAAGGAAAGACUGGAGUCAUCGAUCCUUUUGCUAAACGUCAUAUAACUUCUUCCCACGGCGUUCCUUUAGGUGGCGUUGGUGCAGGAAGCAUCGGAAGAACUUUUAAAGGCCACUUUCAGCGUUGGCAGCUCUUCCCUCUAGCGUGUGAAGACAAACCUGUUUUAGCAAAUCAGUUUUCUGUUUUCGUGAAACGUCCAAAUGCUGAAAAAUAUUCAACCGUACUAUGCUCAGGGAAGCCAGAUGCAUUGAAAGAAAAUCCAGCAUCGGGGAUUAAAUCAUGGGAUUGGAAUAUGAAUGGAACAAGUUCCACAUAUCACGCAUUAUACCCAAGGGCCUGGACAGUAUAUGAGGAACCUGAUCCAGCAUUGAGAAUAGUUUGUCGCCAGAUUUCACCGGUUAUACCCCAUAACUACAAGGAGAGUAGCUUUCCUGUAUCAGUUUUUACUUAUACGCUGAGUAAUUUGGGCAAAACAACAGCAGAUGUCACCUUGCUUUUCACAUGGGCUAAUUCUGUUGGAGGAAAUUCUGAAUUUACUGGUCAGCACUUCAACUCAAAGAUAAAGAGGCCUGAUGGGGUGCAUGGCGUGCUUCUACAUCACAAGACUGCAAAUGAGCAAUCUCCGGUCACAUUUGCAAUUGCAGCACAAGAGACUGAAUAUGUUCACAUCUCAGAAUGCCCUGUCUUUGUUAUAUCUGGUUCUUACAAUGGCAUCUCCGCAAAGGACAUGUGGAAUGAAGUUAAACAGCACGGGUCAUUUGACCGUCUGAAUUCUACUGAAACGUUGGCGCCUUCAGAACCAGGAUCAUCCAUUGGAGCAGCUAUUGCAGCAACUGUGACUAUUCCACCUGAUGCUCAGCGCACUGUGACAUUUUCAUUGGCAUGGGACAGCCCUGAAGCUAAGUUCCCUGGAGGGCGGGCUUAUAACAGGCGCUACACCAAAUUUUAUGGUACUGGAGGAGAUGCUGCUGCAGAUAUUGCACAUGAUGCUAUUAUUGAACAUUGUCAGUGGGAGUCCCAGAUUGAAGAUUGGCAAAGACCAAUCCUUGAGGACAAGAGAUUUCCUGAAUGGUACCCAACUACCCUUUUCAAUGAACUUUACUUCCUGAAUUCUGGGGGGUCAAUUUGGACAGAUGGUUCGCCUCCUGUGCAUAGUUUAGUUACCAUAGGAGAAAGAAAAUUUUCCCUGGAUGGGUUCAUAUCUGAUUCAGAGAAUACCAAUAAUAUAUCACGUCAAAAUGAUACCGCUAUUAGCAUUCUUGAAAGUUUUACCUCAGUAGUUGAGCAAAUACAAACUCCACCUGCAUCAAAGUCUGCAUAUGGAGUGAGUCUUCUCCAAGAAGGGGAAGAAAACAUUGGUCAGUUUCUUUAUCUUGAAGGAAUUGAGUAUCAAAUGUGGAAUACGUACGAUGUCCAUUUUUACUCAUCUUUUUCACUAGUCACGCUAUUUCCAAAACUUGAACUUAGUGUUCAAAGAGACUUUGCUGCAGCAGUGCUGAUGCAUGAUCCUGGAAAGAUGCAACUUUUACAUGAUGGGCAAAUGGCAUCAAGAAAGGUUGUUGGUGCUGUUCCUCAUGAUAUUGGAAUCUCUGACCCGUGGUUUGAAGUAAAUGGAUAUAAUCUUUAUAACACAGAUAGGUGGAAAGACUUGAAUCCAAAGUUCGUUCUUCAGGUUUACAGGGAUGUGGUUGCUACCGGUGACAAGAAGUUUGCACAAGCUGUCUGGCCCUCUGUUUAUAUUGCAAUUGCAUAUAUGGAGCAAUUUGACAAGGAUGGCGACGGAAUGAUUGAGAACGAAGGUUUCCCAGAUCAAACUUAUGACACAUGGUCUGUAACUGGUGUAAGUGCUUAUAGUGGUGGAUUGUGGGUAGCGGCACUUCAGGCAACAUCAGCCUUGGCACGUGAGAUUGGAGAUAAGGGUUCUGAAGUUUAUUUUUGGCACAAAUAUCAAAAAGCAAAGGCUGUAUAUGAAAAGUUAUGGAAUGGUUCAUACUUCAAUUAUGAUAGCAGUCGUGGAAGUAGCAGUGGUGGAAGUCCGAGUUCAUCCAUACAAGCUGAUCAAUUAGCUGGCCAAUGGUAUGCUAGAGCAUGCGGUCUUUCACCAAUUGUCGAAGAACACAUGAUUAAAAGUGCACUUCAGGUGGUUUUUGACAACAACGUUAUGAAAGUGAAAGGCGGGAAACGUGGUGCUGUAAAUGGAAUGUUACCUGAUGGACAAGUUGACAUGUCAUCAAUGCAAUCACGAGAAAUAUGGUCCGGAGUGACAUACGCCGUAGCUGCAACAAUGAUUCAGGAAAACAUGAUUGAUAUGGCAUUUCAAACUGCUGAGGGGAUAUAUGAAGCUGCAUGGUCCACCAACGGUCUCGGUUAUUCUUUUCAAACACCCGAAGCUUGGAAUACGAAAGAUGAAUAUAGAUCUUUAUGUUACAUGCGCCCAUUAGCCAUAUGGGCAAUGCAGUGGGCAUUAUCAAAAGAAAAGGUGACUCAACACGACGAAAGUGAGAAAUCUUAUAUAAACGAGGAAGAAAUCGUGUCUAGAUGCCAUGCUGGUUUUUCGAAAGUAGCUCAGCUUCUAAAGUGGAAGGAGGAGAGUGGAUCCAGAAGUCUAUUUCAAGUUAUAUAUGACUUAACUUGCAAGAGAUAUGUAUAA